GGCUGGGAUGACUUAGUGAGAGAGCAGGGCGCUUAUGAAGGUUUUCUAUUAAGUGAAUCCACUAUUGCAAUCCACGAGAGGUUGGAGGAAUCAACUAUAAGACAGCGCCUAGGUGGUCGGCGUGAUUCGGCUACUCAAAUUUGUUCAAUAUCACCUCCAACUGAAACUCAAGAAACAUCGCCUCCACCAUCAGGAAGAAGAAGGCGUUCCUCUCUUGCUCAACUCACUGAUAUAUUAAGAGAAUGGAGUGGAAACAAGAAACAACAAAAGCAACUUCAUCGCAGGGAAACUUUAGCAGAUCUUGCGAGGAGCUUACCCUGGGGCAGACAAUCAGCGAAUGACACUGGACCUACUCCUAGUAUUUGUACAAAGCUAGGAAUAUUUGUUCCAGUUCCAAGAAUUACACGCUCUACAAACACUUUUUCAUCACCCAUACGUAGUAGAACACACUAUGGUUUUAACUCCUUUAUAUACAGACCAACAAGAAACAUGACUAUUAAACUCAGGAAAAGAAGGGAAUCAAGUGCCGAUUCUGGAAUUAGAAGCAUGGGAUCGAAAUCACGAAGAGAUUCACACCAUACUGCUAUUUCGGAUUUUAAAUCGGAAGUAGCAAAACUGUGGCAAAGGAGAGAGUCGGUUACCACUACAAUAAUCAGUCCUAGUUCGACGUCUGCUCGAAGAGACAGUACUGAUUCUUUCCGAAGCGGCAGAAGAGAUUCGUCUUCCUAUUCUCAACAUGCAUCGAGAAGAGGCUCUGGAGAAAGCGGAAAGAGUAGUAGACGAGAUUCUGCUACAACUAUUCUUCCUCCUCCUCCACAACCUCCGAAAAUAGUUGGUGCUACGAGAAAAAGAAGAGAUUCUCGGGGAAAAAUUGAUCAGCCAACCUACUACAGAGAUGAACAGAGGCCUUCCACUUCUUCCACAGCUUCAGAUUCGGGAGCUUCGGCUGGCUUGUUACAAAUUAGUGCUGCUUUUGUAACUACUUCGUCAGCUGAAUCUUCUCAAUCCAAUCAAACCGGGCUUCCCUGUCCCACUAUAAUAACUUCAAGUGUUACACCUCCAGCAACCUCACCAACAGUGCCAACUACAACUGCAACCACUCCUACACACCCAAUGUUAGCUACUCGUAGAGAUUCUACUACUCAAUGUGGUAGAUUAGGAAGAAGGGAUUCCAGAAGUCACGCUAGCCCAGAGCGACGAAGCUCAAGACUGCAAAGGCAAAAUACAGCUUUUGACGAAAGUAUACCACCAGGAAUGAAUAGAAGAGGUUCACAACCAACUGCCUUAAGCCCCGAUGUUGAUGAUACUGGUAGAAAGGCUAGAAGGGAUUCACUUAGUCCAGAUUCAGCUUCAAGAGGGAGAAGAGAUUCAAGAUCCCACCUAAGUCCAGACAGAUCUGGAGAAAGAGAUAUCAGUCCAGUUCGACGGAGCAGAAGGAACAAAUUAAGAAGACAAUCAACCAGCGUAGUUGGUCGGAACCACAGAUCUCCUGAUAGUUCUAGCUGUUCAUCAAGAGAUCCUAGCCCAAGUGCAAGAGGUCCACCGCCAACUAGCGAAAAUUAUCGCCCAGCUAUAAGACGACAAUCUACAACGGAAGAAAUUCUAAUUGCAAGAGGCUUUCGAAGACAGUCAACUACUGAAGAGAUGAUUCGCUGUAGAAACUUCCGAAGACAAUCUUCCCAAAGUGAUGAAUGUCAAAGGUACAAAGGGAGAAGGGAUUCAUCGACGCAAAUCUUGGAUGGAACGUUAACAACUAUGACCGUCGAAACAAGCAGUACGUUUUUCGAUUCUAGUACACAAACAGAACCUUCACCACUUUAUGACAACAAUCAUUAUCACGAAGAAUGCCUACGUUGCAAUUCUUGUGGCCUUAACCUGACUGGCCCCAAUCAGAAAAGAGCGCGUCGAUUUAAGAACCAAAUUCUUUGUGACCUACAUUUUGCUGACGUAGCUCUCAUGGAAUGCAGUGAUUUCAUGCAACAAUUACGCAGCUUUAAACCGCAGAGCUUAGGAUGUGCGGUAGCUCGCAGGAAGAGUAGUACUACCUUAAUUUUCCCUCUACCACCACAAGCGUGUUCUGAUGAGUUUUGUGAAGAAUUUCCACAUAGCUUUAUACCCACCCCUGGAUACUGGAUUGAAUGCUCCAGGCAGAAAAUUACAUCUGAUACAAUUUGGGACGAGAGCGAGUCAGAUCACGGCAACGAGCUACCGGAGGGUAAUGAAGAAACCACGGAUGGCACUGAUCAGGAAAAUGACCAAGAAAUGAGAAGAAGGGAAAGAAGUUGUAAUGACUUAUAUGAAGAUGACGAAGAAGAUGACAACUCACUACCUCGGAAAAAAACGACGAUAGAGGAGCAAUGGGAAAAAAAUCAGGGUUUUGAAUUAACUAGUGUAGAACAGGAAACAUACGAGAAAUAUUUUUAUGGUACAGAGCAUUGGAACUACUUUACUAACGACGAAGAUUUGGGACCCGUUAUAUUAUCUAUAAAACAAGAAACAUUAAACAACAGGGAUCAAUUUAGAAUAUUAGUAAGAGCAAUAAGUUAUACAGUGCAUGGAUUAAUACCAGCUAGUUGCGUUUUUGCUGAUCGUUACAAUCGAGAAGAAGUGGUUCGUUCAUUAGGAAAAGAAGUUAAUAUAAAUCCACCUCUAAUAUUGGGUCAAUUACCAGAUACUCCGGAGGAGCUUUUAAAAUUAGACCAGGUGUUUAUAAAAUCGGAAUUAAAAGUUGGGGUGAUAUACGUUAAAGAAGGUCAAUAUACAGAAGAGGAUAUUUUAGCCAAUAAUGACAAUUCGAUGCUAUUUGAAGAGUUCUUACAAAUAUUAGGAGAGAAAGUUCGUUUAAGAGGAUUUGAUCGAUACAAAGGUGGUUUAGACACAGUUCAUGAUUUAACAGGCAUCUACUCUAUUUAUACUAAUUGGAGAAAUAUUGAGAUUAUGUUCCAUGUCAGCACAUUAUUACCGUACGAAAGCCACGACCAGCAAAAGCUGCAGAGGAAACGGCAUAUAGGCAACGAUAUUGUAUGUGUAGUAUUUCUGGAAGCUGACAAUACAUCAUUUUCACCCGCAUGUAUAAAAAGUCAUUUUUUACAUACUUUUAUAUUAGUAAGAACGUCAUUAAAAAUUAAACGAAGACCAACUCGAUAUGAGGUCUCAGUUGUAACAAGAGAUGAAGUUGGAGCAUACAAGCCUUAUCUUUGGGAGCAAAGUUUAUUUGAUAAAGGGCCCAUGUUCAGAGAAUGGUUACUUACAAAAAUUGUUAAUGGGGAAAGAGCAAGUUAUUCCGCACCUAAAUUUGCUCGGAUGCAGGAGAGGACUCGUUCACAGAUGUUAGAAGAUAUUGUUGCUAAUUUACAAAAUCAUGCAGAAACGGGACAAAUUCCCAAGCCAUAUAGAAGAGGAUCUUGGAGACCAAUAGGACAUAUGCGUCCAUCUUCUCCCCUCCUUGAUAGUGUUAGAGAUCAAUUUGAAGAUUAUGAUCAAAUAGCGAAAGACUUUACUAGAUUCUUCCUCAAUACAGAUGACAACUCUGCCGCCAAUUCCCAUCUAUUUGAUGUAAUAUUUAUGGUAGGUCAAAGUAAGCAAAAAAUCAAGUUGGUAGGAGUUAGAGCGAUAUUAGGUGUUAGAAGUAGAGUUUUUCAAGAAAUGCUAUAUGGAAUUCAAACAGGAUUUGGUUCCCCACAAGUGCCUGUAGCCGAGUUACUUGCCAGACCAGUACCAACGCUUCUAAGCCCCCAACAAUCGCGACCAAAAUCAAGCAAUUUUCUACAAGUACCCGAUAUUGAAAGCCCAAGACCAAAAAGUGUUCCAAGUUCGCCGAUGGUGAAAAGAGCUUUUACACGACUAGGUACUAUAACGGCAGGUUGGGGUAGAUCAAUACGUAAGCACAACACCCAACAACUAUCUGCAGAUGAUAAGAAAAAAUGGGCCAGUAGCCAAGAUUGUUCAAAUAAAGACGGAAAAGAGAAAGACGGGAAAGAGAAAUUUUCUGCUCAACUUCCCGUUCCAAGAUUAAGUGUAUGCGCAGAUGCCCAGAAAGUAGAUCGGGCAAAACUGGCACAGACUGAAUUCUCAAUUAUUGAGUUUGACUCUGAUACUUUUAGAAUACUAUUGGACUAUUUACAUACCGGGUCGUGUCCAUUAACAUGUUCAACAAUCCCCGGUCUAAUUUGUGCUGCCGAACAUUAUGAUCUACCAGAUUUGUUGCAGGCAUGCUUUCAUCACGCUAAACAAUUUUUGAGGAUAAAUGUAGUUUGCUGUAUGCUGUGUUCGCUGGAAAAUUACUAUUGGAGAUAUACUUCAGCCUCUGAAUUAGUAAAUAUGAUUUUAGCUUUUAUAGAAACGAGAGCCCAUGCAUUAUUUCAAUUAUCAGAAUUUCUUAAUCUCAGUGAAUCAAUGGUGCAAAUGAUAAUGUGCCGCAAUUUGGAAAUACCAGAAAUUAGGAAAUUCGAAGCCAUGCUAGCUUGGGCAAGACAUAAAAUCAAAACAAAAAUGUCCAGCAAACUAGAUGCAAGAUUGGAAUUUAAAUGUAUAAUGGAGAGACUAGCUAGAGAUCUCAAAUUAUAUAGAAUAUCGCCACAAGAACUUAUAAAGGUCGUCCUUCCUUCCAAAGCCAUCAAGAAUGAACGUAUACUGGAGACGUUGAUGUUUCAAGCUAAUUCGGGCAUGUACAGAAUACAAGACUCUUAUAUAAGAGAAUGUACUCAAAGACUGCAAAAACAAGAUUCCCGAUUUUCAGAAUGGGAAUCGUUUGACUAUAGUAAUUAAGACAAUCAUUUGUAUAAAGUGUAUUUCAUUGACAUUUGUUGAAUUAAUAUACCUUUAUUAUUUAACUAUUUUUAUAUAUAAACAUAUAUUUUUUUCUUGUAAUAAAUUUUACUUUAUAUAUAAACCUAAUGAGAGUCGCUUUCUAUAUUAAUAAUAAAUAUGAGUGUUAUUUUGGUUUUUAUUUAAAAACAAAAAAUAAUUUAAUUAAAUUCAUACUAGUUAACUUAAAUGGUAUUAGUAGGUAUCGGAAAAAAGUAAUGAAUAUUUUUAAUACUUGUAAAAAAGCAUGUUAUAAAUGUGCACA